UGUUCUACAGUUAUGAAAAGACGCCAGGUAAAAAAAAAAUUAUCUCCAAGAUGAACCUGGUCAACAUUGACAAAUAAAUAAAAAAACGAUUUGAUUCCUGAAUUUCUUUUGUUAGGAUUAAGGUUACCUCAAAAGAUUUUUUGAUAGCAACAGCAAAUAUUAUUAUGGAAGGGAAGCUAACAAGAAAAAGAACAUAUAAAAAAAGAUGUCUUAUAAAAAUACCGCUACGUAAAUAUAUACAGUACAAAUAACUAUAAAAUUCGUCUUCAUUACCAGACUCCUAGAAAAUCACAAGUAAAAUACAUAUUAAAAGUACUGGAAAACUACUUGCCUUUAAUUUCUCUGCACACAAUAAAAUGUUACAAACAAAAACCAAAUGACGGAACAGAGCAAUUUGUAAUUUAGAAACACUAAAGACAGUUAAACUAUUUCAAGAUGGCGCAAAAUAAGUUGGUACGAAGAGAAACACCUAAAAUUAACCAAGGAUUGAGUAUUGCGAAAGUCUUCACUGUGUCUUUUGCACAAGGUGGAAAGAGAGACACUUUGGCUGUGUCAAACUACGACAAAGACAAACCGACGCCACUGUCGCUCAUAGCGUCGCCGACAAUAAUUAGAAAGUUUCGACGACGCGUAGAAGAAUAUAGUCCUGAAGAGAAACGCAAAAAUGCUAGUUAUAAUGCUGUUGAUAACAAACAAUGUAUAACUGAACAGUAUUUGCGGGCAGAGGAUUUCAAUGUCGAAGAAGAGAGACCUCGCUCGAGUACGUGGGGUGGACAGGAAGGUUCGUUGUCCAUUUCAGAUGCCAUUCCUCAUGUUAUAAUGAACGCGGAUCCCACAGUUAAUGACAAGAUAAAAAGAUUUACAUUAAAUAUGGAACGAAAAUCAAAAAGUUGUAAAAAACUGAGAGAAUUAGUUGAAAAAGUGUUACGAAAAAAUUUAGAGCAUUGUCACUAUGAUGCACGUCUUUCUCGAAAGCGCUGUACACAUUUAAGUCAAAUACUAGAAACUACUUUUAAGUCAAGUCUUAAUGUAAAGGGGACUGAGUACAAAGUUGUGGCCAUUGUGUACAUAGGUGAGAUACGUGAAGAUGGUAUGAAGCAGUCUUGUCAAUAUAAUUGGAAUCCACAUUCUGACGUAUUUGUCAUGGAAACCUACCGACGUGACGAUAUGUUUGCUACUGGCAUUGUUUUUGCCACGUUGUUAGAAAGUCGAGAAGACAUAGAUAGCUUUUAUACGUUUGACGAACGCUUAGAGAAUGAUGAAAUGAUGCUUUGAUUGUCAUACAUAGCGGUUGCUAAGCUGGUUUAUUAACUUAAUGAAAAAAGCAUUUUGUAUGGACAUUUGUUGUGGUUACAAAUUUUUUCCUUUUUAGUUUAUCAGCCAUAUAUAUAGCUAUAUACUGCUGAUAAAAUAUUAUUUCAUAAUGUAGCUAGCUAACAAAGUACACUUAUUCAAAAUUUGGUAAAAGUUUGGAUUUAUUUUAUUCUCUUUUGAUACCAGUUUUUAAGAGGAGCUAACAUAAAUUUUUUCGUUGUAUGCAUACGAAAUAUUUUUAUAAAAUGGCUGGUAUUUAAGAUUGUGGCAAAAUAUUGAUGUGUUUUGGGUUGCUUUUUUCGUUAACAAUUCGCUUCAAAAUAUCUAUUUGGAUAAGUAGAUGAUAAAUGUACAUAGAAUGAAACCAAUUUUUUGCGCACGCUUUUUAUUAAAACCCCAUCCAACUCGAGGCUGCGGAAAAUCAUUGAUGUGUUGUGCACAUUAUGGAUGUAAUGAAAAUUUAAGUAUAUCUGUUUAUUAAGGAAGAGUAGUUAAAUAAGUGUAAAAUUAAUAGGGUUGUAUUAUAGGAAGGAUUUUAAACAAAUGACGUUGAUCAAGUUAUUGUCGAAGCAACUUGAUAAUGUCCCAUGUUGUACGUAGUCACUACAUGUUGACAACAAUAUAAACGUGAAGUACAGACCAUAUCAACAAACAUUAUUUUUUGUUAUUUAAUUUAAAGUGAUGAUAAAGUCACUCUAAUAUUUGUACACAGUAAUGUAAAUAUGCAUGUUGUUUUAUGUCUUGUGGAUGUUAUACGAAAUUGCAAACAAUAUUUCAACUAUUUGAUAAGAUUGGACACAAGCCAGUCAAGUUUAACAAUGUUUUUUUUAUAAUCCGAAGAGCACUACCACCGAACACUUAAAUGCAAAUGAAAACAGAAAACAAAACAUAGAUUUGGUUUAAAUUAAAAUUAUUUGUCGUUCUGUAGAAAAGCGAGAGUGAAGUAUGAAAAGCUUCACUUAUCCAGCUAUAGCGUAACUUUCAUAAAAUUGGCGAGAUUUAUGGGCUAAAUACCUAAUUUGCACUUCAUUCGUGUCAAUAUGGUUCUCUCGCCUAUUCAAAGCCGAAAGUAGCGCUUAAUUGUUUUUUCCGGAGUUGUAAUCAUUUUUAAUUGUUCCUAAUUACAUAAUCAGCAUCACUCUCUGGUAAUUUUAUUGUUCACAAGAACAACAGGAAACUGUAUCAAGGCAAGAGUAAUGGCCAUGUGAUUUCUUAACUACAAAAUAACAAGAAUUUUUCAUUUAACUGUUUGAAAUCGGAAAAAAAUAAGGGUUCUCAUCUGACUGCAGUGGAAUCUUUUUAUAAUGUCCAUCCUAGAUGACAAAGUCUCACAAUAAAACCGUUACGUAGUAGAUACCUUAUAACGGACACCUCUCUACAGUCGAAUUUCUUUGAAGGUUUUUAUUAACAUUAUCUUCCGAGUUGAACUCUCUAUAACAGCCUAGCAAUGGAUUAUAUAAAACGAUUUUUGUAAGAAUUCUAUAGUUUACGUAAGACAACAUUGUACUUUUUUUUUCUUCCAUCAUUUUUUUAUUUAUAGCUAGUUCAUGGUCUUUCACGUUUAAAAAAAUAGAAACGCGCGGAAAUUUCUGGAGUUUUACUUUUCUGAAUUAAAUAUAUUCACAUUUUAUUGUUCCUUAGACUGUUUUUCCCACAACCAGGCUCUAGACACACCUCGAUUUGACACAUGCAGUCGAUUACACUCAGUAAUAGAAGCCCCUUGAGAAGAACCUCUAUGUAACUCUCUAUAGCAAACACUGAUUUGCAGCCCUAAAGAUGUCAGCUGUGGAGGACUUUUAUACCCCUUUUGUAAGCGAGAUUGAAUGAGGCGUGAUCUUACUGAAGUUUCUUUUUACAAUCUUUAUUGCUUACUUGUAUCUUGUUGUCUAUUGUCCUGGGAAGAUCAAAUUUACGUAUUUAUUAGAUCUAUCAAAAUCAAAAAAAACUUUUUGUAUCAAACACACACAUUUUUAAAACAAGAUUUGUCUAAGAGUAAAACGAGAGAUUCUGUUUAUACUCUGUUUUUACUCAUCGCAAACUCAAAGCAGUAUGCUUCAGCGGAUCUCUUUAAUAAUAGCCGUCU